AGUUGCCAUUUUUUCCCAUUUCAUUGCCACACUCACUCCGAAUACCGUUAGUUGAGCACAAAUUCUAGAGCGAGAGAAACAAAAAAAAUUAGACAAACUACAGAGGCGACCUGAGAUCAGAAAAACCAAAAACCCUAAGCGAUCAAAAACAAAAACACUAUGUGGAGAACACUCUCUUCUCAGCUCCGAACCCUAGCCUCAUCCCGAUCUUCCUCCAAAUUCAACCGAUUCGUCUCCUCCGCCAACCUAUCUUCUUCUCCAUCGCCGUUCCGGUCCGCCGUCAUUCCAUUCUCUCGCCAAUUCGCUUCUGAUUCAGCAGAAAAUGUUGUUUCGAAGAAGAGAGUUGAAGAAGUAAUGCCUAUUGCUACUGGACACGAGCGCGAGGAGCUUGAGGCCGAGCUUCAAGGACGAAGAAUUCUAGAUAUCGACUAUCCAGAUGGUCCUUUCGGUACGAAGGAAGAACCUGCAGUCAUCAAGUCCUACUAUGAUAAAAGAAUUGUGGGAUGUCCUGGAGGUGAAGGGGAAGAUGAGCAUGAUGUCGUUUGGUUCUGGCUAGAGAAAGGCAAGCCACAUGAAUGUCCAGUGUGCACUCAGUACUUCGUGUUGGAAGUGGUUGGCCCAGGAGGACCUCCGGAUGGACACGGUGAUGAUGAGCAUCACUGAUUGCUGAGUCCAGUGUUACUUCCAGAAUAAGAUCUGGUGAGAUGAUGAGAUAGUGUUUGGUAUAUUCUCCAGUUUCAGAAUUCAAAAAGCUUGUGCUUUGUUUGCUUUUGGCGAGUCUUUAAUUCUCAUGGUUGUUGGCUUGGCGACAUUCAAUCUUUAUAACUUUUUCCCCACUCGUUUGGAUGCUAGACCUGGGUUGGUCAUCUAUUGGAAUUACGGAUUCUAUCAGUUUUCUUCAGUACCACACAAAUAAUGGAUGGCUACAUUUAUAUUCAGUCAUAUUCUUUUGUAAUAACGGCCCAAUCUUUUAUCAAACAAGGAGAUUGAUGGUCACCGUGGACUGACUUUGUUUUGUUCUACUAGACGCCUGUCAAACUAUUUCGCCUUUGAAAUCACGCUUUUCAUCGGUAUUGAGAUGGCAAAGGCAUAAUUGUUAUGAUAGUGAAAUUUUUAAUAUUUUCAAUUUUAUCCUGAGAUCAUACUAA